GACUGGAUGGCGACUGGACUUUGUUUUAAUUUUAAUCAGGUGUAGGUGAUUUCCUGUCAGAACUAAAGUCACUGAACAGUGUUUAAUCCUCUACAGUGCUCACAGGAGUCAGAAGGAAAAUGUUUCCCGGAGGAAGCUGUUGUAAAACUUGGCGUCUGAUCCUUUUUCAUACUGGUCUUACUGGGAGAGAGGGGAAGCCAGCCAGUCUCCCUGUUUCUUGCCCUGAAUUUGGACCUUGAUGUUCAUUUCCUCACUCUUUCUAGGCUCUUCUCGCUCUUGGAGUACUUACAGGGUCAUUCAUAAAGACAUCUGUAGUCAGAACUUUAUGCUGCCUUUUCUAUCCCGGGUAAGAGCAGGAAGAGAAUUCAUCUACUGGGAAUUCAGCACUGGAGAAACGAGGAAAGUUCUUUCAAGGAUGGUCUCCCACUCAGAGCUGAGGAACCUUUUCUGUUCGGCUGAUGCCAUCUGUUUCGAUGUCGACAGCACAGUCAUCAGAGAAGAAGGGAUUGAUGAGCUGGCCAAAUUCUGUGGUGUUGAAGACGCUGUGUCAGAAAUGACAAGGCGGGCCAUGGGUGGGGCGGUGCCUUUUAAGACCGCCCUCACCGAGCGCUUAGCGCUGAUCCAGCCCUCCAGGGAGCAGGUGCAAAGGCUGUUAGCAGAGCACCCCCCGCACCUGACCCCCGGGAUAAGGGAGCUGGUAAGUCGCCUGCAAGAGCGAAACGUUCAGGUCUUCCUGAUAUCUGGUGGCUUUCGGAGCAUUGUGGAGCAUGUGGCUUCAAAGCUCAGUAUCCCAGCAGCCAACGUAUUUGCCAAUAGGCUGAAAUUCUACUUUAAUGGUGAAUAUGCAGGUUUUGAUGAGAUGCAGCCAACAGCUGAAUCCGGUGGGAAAGGAAAAGUUAUUAAACUUUUAAAGGAAAAGUUUCAUUUUAAGAAAAUAGUCAUGAUUGGAGAUGGAGCCACAGACAUGGAAGCUUGUCCUCCUGCUGAUGCUUUCAUUGGAUUUGGAGGAAAUGUGAUCAGACAACAAGUAAAAGACAAUGCCAAGUGGUACAUCACCGAUUUCGUGGAGCUUCUGAGAGAACUGGAAGAAUAAUGUCAAUUUUUAUACAGCUGAUUGAUAACUUCAGAUUAAUUUUUACCAGUGAAACAGAUCGAUACUGUUUGCUUAGAAUUGCCUAUUACAACUUGAUGGAUAAAUUUGGUACUGAUUCUUUGUACUUUCUAAUAAUCUACAGGUGGGGCUCCAAGAAAAUUCCCCCCACCCUUUUUUUUUUUUUUUUUUAACCGUAGUUCCAGUAUUAUUAUGACCACUAAUUACCUGGAGAGUUUUAUAAUCUGAAUUCUUUAUGUCUGUUCCUGGGUGUAUUUUAUCUGAAGCCUUUUAAAGAUGAAUAGUCAAUUAAACACAUUUACUCUGGGAAAUAUGGAUUAGGCAGCCUUAAGUGAAUAUUGGUGUUCUUUAUGGUAUAUAAAAUAAAAAUUUACCCG